AUGUCUGUUUUGGGCACAAUAACAAAUGUGCACAUAAGAAAACUCGAUCAUCAAAUUCACGAGAUUCGACUCAGAGCUCUAGAUAAUGUAGUUUCGAAGUUAGAUCUUGGCUUUGAAUGCGACUGCAGUGCUGUCAAAAAAGAACUGCUUGUCAAACUUUUUAAAUGGUUUUCAACUGAACCCCUUUCUGAGGAGGCAAAAGUACUGGACUUGAUGAUAAGGCUUAUUAAGUCAGAUAAUGGCAAUUAUUUGAACUCUUUUGGAAGAGGCAAAUUUCUAAAUGAGCUGAAGAGCUUACGACUGAAAUUACAUUCAAAAUGGCAUGAUAAAUUAAAAAUUAUGGAAGAAAUAGCAUCCGAUCUGAAUAAACGUUUAGAAAAUUAUGAGGAAGUACCAGCUCUUAACAAUAAAAUUACAAAUACCAAGCAUCAGUAUCAAAGUACGCAUAAUAUCUCAGAAACUGAUAGCUUUUCUGCUGUGUCUCCGUUGGAUGGUUCUUUGCCAUUCGACUUGACGACGAAUGAUGGAGAUACUAUCCAAAAUGAUGUACCUAAAAGAUCAGACAGUAGUAUAAAGUGGUUAGUUAUGCCAUGGCAAGUAUUGGUUAAAUCAGAUCAAGGAAUACUCGCCCAAUUGGAAAAUGGCUUGUGCAAUUCCAUCGAUGUCAAUAAAAAAAUUACCAAUUGCCAAUUUAUUACAAACGUUAUUUUACAAGAUUUUGCAGCUGAAAUUUUCCUACACAGACCAACAACUGUUCAUGUUCUAUUAAAUCUUCUAGAUUCUUAUAAAGAGGAAUGUACUCAAGAGUCACAAAAUUUAAUUAUAGCAAUAUUAAAAACUCUGUACAAACUAACUCGCGCCCUUAGAUUUAGAAUAAAUUAUUACUGUGAUCCAAGCAUAGCACAUAAACCUCAGAAGGUUUUAUUGAGAAAUUUUCAAGAUGAAGAUGACGAAUCUGACCAAAGAAUGAACGAAGAUCAAGAGUAUCUUGAUCAAAACUACCAUCCAAGCCAAAUACCAGAAAGAGAAUGUACUCGAAGUCCUAACUUGAUGGUAGAUUUUGAAGAAGAAUCUGUGCUACAGUUGCAACAAAUGUUUAUUCCAAAUUAUUGUACAGAAACUCUCAUAAACAUACUCAAGUUGGUAAAUAUCCCCAGUGAAUCGGAUCGUCCAUUAAAGAUAAUAAGAUAUAUUGCAGAUUUAGUGUAUGAACUAGAUCAGUUACUUAUAGUCAGUGUCAUGCCAACAGUAUGGUUUUGUAAUGAUAACAUUGCUUUGAACAUUCAAGAUAGUAUUAAAAUAGUGUUUGAACUACUAAGUGAAAUUUUAGAUUAUUUUGGUCAAUUCCCUCAUGUGGACUAUCACAGAGUAACUUACAUAUAUUUUUUAUGGCUAUCAGUCAAGCUAAUUGGCAAUAUUGUUCCAUUAGAAGUAGCUGAUCAAGUAAUACCAAAUAAAAUGAAACUGUCCAUGAGUACUGCACUCAUGGAUGCUCCCAUUUAUUUGAUGUAUAAGCCAUUGCACGUAACUUUGCAACAAUAUGCUAGGAGAUUUCGUGGUUCUAAAGAGUCUGCUUUAGUGAAGUUGUUGGAUGAAACGCGGUUGAUUACAAAAUCGAUGAAAUCUGCAAUAUCUUUGAUGAAAGCUUUUAAGGAGCAAACUUACUCGGAAGAAUUGAAAGUAGUUUACUCAUCAAAACUUAGUUUGGUGUAUCACAAAAAUUUUAAAUUGAUAAGGAAGUUUAUGAUUUUGGCGCAAAAUAAGAUUGGUUACAAAUUAAGUUCAGAAGACAAAGAAAUAACAACAAAAAUGUUGCUUGCACUUCUUGCUCAUAGUGACGGUGAUGUUCAAGAAGUGACGUAUUACGAGUGCCACUGUUUGGUCUCUGCAAUUUUUACAGAUUUAAAUGCUAGAUAUAGUUGGAAAAAUUUAAUAUUUUUAUUGGAGUCCGCUGUAUUGACAGAAAUAAUUUGUUACGGAGUGACGCAUGAAAAUGAAAAGAUUCAAAAAAUGGCGGAAGAAAUUUUGCUAUUUUUGUUAAAAGGAAAAGUCGAAUUAACUGAAUCUGGAUGGUUAAAGUUCUUAGAAGCACUGGUUCCUGUCCUUCCACUUAUACAAUGUCUAGCGAAUCCAGCAUCUCCACUAGGAAAAUUCAUAAUAAAAAUGCUAGAUCCCGACAUGUCUUCUACAUUAAAACUUCCGUUUAUAGAGGUUCUGAGAGGAAACAUCAGAUUAUUGUUUUCUCAAAUUUCCGACGCGAGAGAAGAAGCGAUUUGCAGAAUAUUUUGGCUUCUCGGGCAAGAAAAAGAUUCAGCUUCAAAGUUACCACGUCUUUCUACACUACAUGGUCUUCCUCUUAGUUCGAUUUUUGCCAUCGACAAGCAAGUGUCUUUCAAACGAUCUGAAGGACAUUAUCCGAAAAGUAAUCUUGUUUCGACGCUUGAAAUGUUGAGAACGUCAAACAUAGAACCAAAAGUAAGAAAGUCAGCAUUGGUGCAAAUUAGCGUGUUGGUAACAGACCAAUCGUUGCACAAGGUAUUCAUUACGGAAAAUGGCUUAAAAAUUAUAUUGGAUAUUUUUUCAAAAGCUCUGAUCGAGAGAGAGUUUUCUGACUAUCCAGACUCAGUGAUACCGAUAAUAACAAUCUUAAAACAUCUCGUAUCUUCCGAAAACUCUGUGAGAAUCGAACUAUCCAAUCGAAUAGACGUUUAUAACAAUAUUUUGAGAAGCCUAUUUUUAUUUUCUAACAACGAGUGCAUCAAAAAUGACGCUACGCACCUUUUGGCACUGCUUCUUUAUAGCGGAUACAUAAUGAGACUUACAGAACGAACUCCCAAUAACCCAUACAAUAUAUCUUUGCCGCACAUAAUUACGAUCUACAUGCGACUUCCAUUUACAUGUAAGGCCCAUUGGAAAACUAGUGUUCACAGAAGAUCAGACAUCUCAAUUUCGCAUAGGAGCAACGUGAUUGCUUCAACGUUUCUCAGACAGUACUGGGCUUGGCAAUGGAAUGACGGUGAGAAGAUACUGUGGAAAAAAUGGGAAGACAUCAAUGAUCCAAUGAUUAUGCAAAACUUAAUGCUCAGAGAGACCGAGCUUGCAUGUUUGAGCUUCACUUCGUUACAUUUUUAUUCGCAGCGUCAAUUGUUUAGCAUUCAAAAUUCCAUCACUCACAAGGGGGUGUUUUGUGCAAUAGAUUAUCUUACAAUGUAUUUAAAAUUGUGCCAUUUGAUUAAUUACGAGAACUUUGAAAACGUGGUAAGGCUUCCAUGGGAAAACACUUUCGAGCGCUUCCUGCAAGCUCAUCCAAACAACAAAGACGAUUACGAAUUGUUCGACAGCGUUCUCAAUUUCCUUCAUUUGUACUUAAAAACAACAAAUAGUGACGAAGCAACGUGGGUUUUCAAAGCUGUUAAAAAAAUGAUGAAAUCGUUUGACGAUUGGAUUCAGAGCUCGGGACCCAAUAGCGGAAACGUUCAUCAGUCGAUGCUCAAGCUGACACGUGCUUGUUCGCUGAUCGACACGGAGGAAAACGAGGAAUCGCAAAGGGCGUGGAUUAGUUUCGUCCAGCUCACGGUGUCUCACGUAUUCAGUGACGAAUUUUAUAAUCUAGCUUUUUUGGAAUGGGUAUUGUCCACGUUGACGUACGUGAUUGUUAAAUGCCAAUGGAAGAAUAACGAAGAGCUGCUCAUGUCCGUCGGUACAGCUCUCAUUCAGCUGGUGGUGUCCUUCUCCAGAGAAGGCAGUUUUAGUUUCAAGGGGCUGACCAACGUCAGGAAUUGCAUGAUCAGCUUGAAUCACGUACUCUACCAAAUGCAAAAUAGCUUGACUAAAAACCACUGGAUAAAAUUCUGGUACGGCACGGAUACGCGAGACGACCGGCGAAUGGCUUCCCUCACCUGGCUGCCUCUGAUAUGGCGCAGCCGCGAUCCUCUGAUCCGAGCUUCGGCGCUCCAGCUCCUCGCCAGCUUGAUCAACGGCCCGCACACAGCCUUGCAACUGCUCAACGCCAUAGAUUCAACGCCAGAAGCUCUGUGCUACGAGCUGCUUUACUUCGUCACGUGUCGGGACGAGGCGUGUAUCGUGAAGGAGUACGCUUGCCUCGCGAUGAGCCACCUCAUCAAGAACUCCUCGACGGUCGCGUUCCAAUACCUUGACGGAUUAAAUCCCAGUGCAAUGUUGUCUUAUGUGAAGGAGACCAACGUGUACCAAGAGAUCGCGGCAAUGUGCGCCAACUGUUACAUGCUGGCGACUUUGGAUGUUGAUGUAUCCGAAAGCUCGGAAAACGGCGGCACGCAGACGCAAUCUCUAGCCAGCAGUCGCACAGCUACUAGCGUUUCUACGGUGCCAAAGACCAUUUAUUAUUUGUACAAUAGUCCCGAGGAUAUUCAAGGACAUUCCGAAAAUAUCGAUGACGAUCAAAUGGAAUUUAUAACUACCCCUUCGAUGAUCACGUCGUUGUGCUCAAUGCUCAAUUAUUUAAUCGACAUUGGUAGACAAGAAGUUAUACGUGAAAUUUUUGAAAACUCGGUUCACAAACAUCUUAUGGGGUGCUUUGGAGAGAUACCGAAAAGUAUAAGCGGCAAGUGUCAUUUGGAGCACUACAGCAACGUGUUGGAAAUGUACACGAAACUCUGCACUGUACUCACGGAUUGCAUCAUUAACAGUCUCGAGUUUGCAUCGAUAGUCACCUUUUCUCCGGAAUUCAUUCGCCACUUGUUCGAUUUAUUGAACGAAGAUCUGUACUUUACAGACAGUCCGACAUUAGUUUAUUUGCGCAAUCAGUUGGGCACCGAAAUCUUAAAGUUCUUAGUUUCUCUGACUUUGACCGAAAAUCAGCACUCUGAUGCAGUCCAGAUCGCUCUAAGUACUUGCAACAUUGAAGUUUUUGCGAAUAUGCUGUAUCACAUGAUAAAGAACAACAAGGGCGAGCUCGGAAUGAGCGCGAUCGGUUUUCUGACAUUUUUACUGUCUAUCGAGAUGCAAAAGCAGCUGGAUGAUGACAAAUCUGGUUUCUUAAGGGACGCACUAGAUACGAAAUUUCCGUCCGCAAAAUCGACUGGGUGCUGGAACAGCGAACUGCAAGCCCCUCAGACAGCCAACAAGGAGCCAAAAGCGUCGCCGCCCAGGAGAGUUGGCAAAAAUAAAAAUCCGACCAGCAAUCGUGAAUUGCACAUUGGGGCUGAAAUUUGCAAGGAGCUCAUGGUUCUGUACGUGGCGCUCAAUCACACGAAACUGAUCAAGAAGACCGCGCUGUUAAAGGACAAAAAUGUGGUUACCUUGGCACUUUCGAAUCUAUUAAGUGUCUCCGUGGAGGCCAAGAAGCUGGCGAUCGAAGAAAAUUUUCCCGCUACCUGUUUCAUGGUCUUGAAGGAAAUUUACGUCAAGCUGAAUUCCAUUCCGAUUCAAACGUACAAAACGCAAAUCGAGCAGAAAAAGGUUAAUCCUUUGAUAAUGGAGGUCGAUUCAUUGUACGUGAUGUUAAUGAACUUCAUGUACGAUAGCAAAGAGGCCAAAGAAAUUUUUGCCAAGGCCGGUUUGGCUGACGUCGUUCACAAAUUAUGGGCCUAUACGUCGAUGAACAGACAAACACUCGUCACCAGCUUGAAGCUGCUUUCUAAUUUCACCUCGGAUUGCUUGGAAGCUUCACAGUCAUUGCCUCUGACGACGGUAACGCCGGGCGUAGGAUUGAGAAAAACCCCGAAUUCCAUAUCGUUGGUUCACGUCAUUGUACAAAUGGUCAUUAAAGAAAUCGACUCGAUCGGGCGUAAUUUUAAUUCUCAAAAGCUAAGCCUGGCUCUGCAGGUAUUAAGGAAUGCAAUCCACAAUCACGACUGUCGCGUCGUCAUAUCGAAGAGCAAUCUCUUGCAAUUUUUCACAAAGAUUCAUCCUUCCACGACCAAGAGAACAAAACUCUGGCAAGUGGUGGAGCUCCAUUGCCUCGAAUUUUUAAUAGACUUUACGUUUUACGAGGAAGGUCAAAUGAGCGUCUCCAAGGCUGUAGAUAGUUUGGAAGUACUCAUCACGUUAGCACGGACAUCGUCUGGUCCCAUAAAACAAUUAGCCAUGGCAACCCUUCGAAAUUUAGCCUAUCAUCAAUCCAAUCGUGCGCGUCUGCUGGGUUCCGCUGAAUUCCUCGAUCUGUUGCUGGUCUCGCUGGAAGAAGGCUCGAGAACGGAGAUCGAGUCGGCGUGCUCGACGCUCUGGCCGCUGAUCGGUAACAACCAGAAGGGCAAGUUGAUAGCUCGAAGCGCGGGCUUUGCCAAGUGCAUACAGACGGCCAUCAGUAGGCUAAGGUUGCAGCUGUCGGUGCCGGAUUCGGGAGCUGGAGAGCAAGAGCGGGAUCUCAUUCAGAUACUCGAGUACGUGCUGGAGAUUAUGGAACCGCAGUAAGAGACUGGAGAGACGCGUUUUUUUUUUGUUUUUUUUUUUUUUACCAGCAGUGACGUGUAAGACGAACGGUUUGGGUGCGUUACAAAUGCACACAUACGCGAUCGAAUUUUCCUUUUGGUGCUCUUGGUACCAAUUAACUUGUAAAUAUAUUAUAUGUAUUUUUGUACAUUAACAAACGAUUUUAGACUGAUUUGUCCUCGUUGAUUAAAUUAUUGAUCUACGCAUGGUGUGUGCAGUGACAGCCGAGUGAAGUGUUUUACAACCAUACGUUGUGUUUUUUUAGAGAAUAUCGAUAUAUAUCU